GCAGGCAUGCGCACCAUUCUCGGAGGCAAGUCGAGGUCCACUCUUGACAAGAGGGCGAGCCGAACUUCGCACAUGCUUGUGUUUGCCACCCGUCGGAAGUGCUACCUUUUCCCUCUUUCAGAGGAGGUGGUCAUUCCAUACCUCACGGAGCUGGACAAGGCUGGGAAGAGGUCCGCCGUUCUUGACACGAGCCAAACCAUGAACUUCUUGAUACAUGUGCUCGGCGUUUUCUUCAUUUUUGACAUUCCGAAGCACCCCUGGGUGAAAGGGCUGGUCAGGAAAUGUGAGCAGGAGCGCCCUCCUCUGAGGCAGUCGCGAGUGCUCACUGCCAAGGAGGUUUUGGCCCUCGAGACUUUGUUCAUAGAAGGAGAUCUGCAGCCGCUGGACCGAUACGGUCUAGGAUGCUUCUUGUUCAUGAUACUGUCAUGCAGCAGGGUUUCGGAUGUCAGUUUCUUGGACAGCAUGGUUUUGGACAUCCUUGAGUCCCUUGAAGACCCUUCAAAUCCUGGGUAUUUGGAGGUCAAGACGAUGCAUCACAAGACGGAGCGAGUCAAGAGUAAGCAGGGCAUUCCCUUGUAUCUCGUGGCCCCCGUCCGAGGGAAAUGGUCCAACGAGCGCAUCAGGACCAGUGAUGCGGGCCUGUGGCUUAUCAAGCUGCUUGAGCUGGCACUCGGAGGCCCUCCUGAGCCAGGCCUCACUAGCCACGGCAUGAAAGCUACUCUGCUGUCAUGGUGCAUGAAAUCUGGCUGUGAUGAUCUCACCUUGAAGAUUCUUGGACAUCAUUCCAGGCCAGGUCAGAAGACUACUGAGUGUUACGGGCGAGACGCCAUGUCCGCUCCCCUGCGUACACUUGUUGGGGUCAUCCAAGCAGUUGCUAGAGGGCAGUUCCAUCCGGAUGCCACGCGCUCUGGUCACAUGGCUUUGCAGGGAUUGGUUGCUGCACAGCCACAGGGGCCGACCGCCCCAAGUGAUUCCGGCCCUCUGCAUGGAUCGGCUGCAUCCCGGGUGAGCUCAGCACCGGACGAGGCCAUCCAUCCCUCUCUCGAAGAGGACAGUGCGCCGGGCCCCACGGCUGGGCCCGAUGGAUCGGAAGACGAUGUCUCCGAUGAUGAAAGUGUGCCAGCCGAAGACUUGCCGGCUAUCGGGGCUCAAGACUCGCGAGCCAACAGCUUUGUGCCGCCCUUGGAUUGGCAUGAGAAGGGCGAAGUCUUUGAGAAUCCCC